AAGAAAGAAAGAAAGAAAGAAAGAAGGAAAAAAAAAAAAAAAAAAAAAAAAACAGAAAAAAUCCCUCAAGCUUUCAUCCUCUAGCUCUCGAGCAUCUUUCUUUGUUUGUUGGCCAUAAAAAAGCACCCUUCCCAAGAAAACUUGGAGUUUCUCUCUGCAGAGCUGCUACUCCAAUUCCAGCAAAUCCAAUCUUUCUAUCGAAAGUAUAAGUAAAAACACAAAAAACAAAGAAAAUUUCGAACCAGUUUUCUAUGUUUGUUACCUGUUCUCUUAAGAAAAUCUCGAAAUUCAUUCUUCUCCUGUCCGUCUUUAAUUACAGCAACAUCGCAGUAUUAAUCAUCCGCAACUGUUGUUUCAUUUGAAGGACGUCUAGUUGAAGGAUAAAGCUGGUAGCUAGGGAGGCCUUGGUGAUGGAUGACAUCUACGGUCUAAACUCAACUGUGGAUUACUCAGACAACUACAAGACGCUGAUGUCCCCAGAAAAUCUGAUCCUACCGACGGCGGAUUAUUACCAGAGCUUCUUUUCCUCCGCGAGUGCCGUCCGCGACAAUCGGUUUCCGUUAUUCGGAUCCGACGAGUUGCUCUCGGUGGCCUCGGUUGUUUCGGAAGCCGCUUCCAUCACGCCCGAAAUUCAACUCCAGGAGGACAUGUCCAGCAUGAUAAAAGCCAAAAUCGCUUCCCAUCCUUGCUAUCCUCGCUUGCUUCAAGCUUACAUCGAUUGUCAAAAGGUAGGGGCGCCUCCAGAGAUAGCAAGUUUUUUAGACGAAAUCCGGCGAGAAAACGACUUUUGUAAUCGAGACGCUGUCUCCACGUGUUUAGGAGCCGAUCCCGAGCUCGAUGAGUUCAUGGAAACCUACUGUGACAUGUUGGUCAAAUACAAAUCCGAUCUUUCGAGACCUUUUGAUGAGGCAACCACGUUCUUGAACAAAAUCGAAAUGCAGCUCAGCAAUCUCUGCACAGGUGCCUCCAUUAGAAGCCUUUCCGAUGAAGGUGCUGUAUCAUCUGAUGAGGAUCUUAGUGGAGGAGAGAUGGAGGUUCAAGACGCCAAACUGAGGGGUGAAGACCGAGAUCUCAAAGAUAGGCUUCUACGGAAGUUUGGCAGUCACAUUGGUACCUUGAAGCUGGAGUUCUCAAAGAAGAAGAAGAAAGGAAAGCUACCAAGAGAAGCAAGGCAAACAUUGCUUGAGUGGUGGAAUGUUCAUUGUAAAUGGCCAUAUCCAACGGAAGCUGAUAAGAUUGCGCUGGCUGAAUCAACAGGCCUAGAUCAGAAGCAAAUUAACAAUUGGUUCAUAAAUCAAAGAAAGAGACAUUGGAAACCAUCUGAGAAUAUGCAAUUUGCUGUUUCAGGACAACUCUUUUCAGAUGACUGACGUAUGUACGUGCAUGUACGUACACAAAUGUCUCUCCGGACGAUUAUUAAUGCCUGUGUUAAUGGUUUCAUGCAUGUAUAUUCUGAAAGGGAAGCUUGGCUGAUAUUGAUAUGUUUUAAUUUCCUAGCACGGAGAAAAAAAAAAUAAUAAUUGCAUUUCUCGUCAUGUAAAUUUGGAAGUUGACCGACAACGACAUAAUGUAAAUGCUGACAUAGUUUUGGAUGACUAGGUUGACUGGUCCCUGAUCAGCUUGGCUUGCCUUGGCAUUUAUGUGAUCUAUUUUGAAUUUUGUUUA